AUUUUUAACAUUGUGAAUCAUUGGAAUUUCCUGUUUCUUCAAGUACCUCUUCAAAAAUUAGAUAAUAUAAGUUUAUCAAGGAUUUGUGUGUGAAUUGUUAGAUAUAAUUAUUAUUCAUACAAUAAAAUGCGUGAGAAUUACAAGUAUCAUGUAUGUCAAGAAAAUGAAACAAUAUUUAUUGCCCGAUCAAGCUCCUCGUACUGAAUAUCAGGAUAUGGACCAAAUUGGAGGAACUCAUAAUUCAGAAAAACUUGAGGGUUUUAAAUAUAUUUUUGGUCUUGUACAAUUUUUUGGAGGUCUACUUAUAAUAUUGAUGUUAGUAUGGACUGUUCAUUUUCGAGGAGGAUUUUCUUGGACAUCAGAUCCAGGUCAUGAAUUUAAUUGGCAUCCACUUCUAAUGACUAUUGGACUCGUAUAUAUUUAUGGCAAUGGUAUGCUGAUUUAUAGAUCUCAAAGAUCAUUGCGCAAGAAGAAACUGAAAUUAAUUCAUGGUGGAAUGAUGAUUUUCGCGAUGCUCUUAACUAUUAUAGCCCUUGUAGCAGUUUUUGAUUCGCAUAAUUUACGUAAAGAACCAAUUCCUAACAUGUACUCAUUGCAUAGCUGGGUUGGACUAUCGAGUGUUAUUCUAUUUGCUUGCCAGUGGGUUGCUGGAUUAGUUUCAUUUCUUUACCCCGGUCUACAUCAGACUUUAAGAGCUGCAUACCUUCCAAUCCACGUUUAUUUUGGCACUGCAGGAUUUAUUGGUGUUAUUGCAUCUUGCCUCUUAGGGCUUAGUGAAAAAGCAUUUUUCGAACUACAAGGCAGUUAUUCUAAAUUUGUAACUGAAGGAAUUUUAAUUAAUACAAUUGGACUGAUCUUCAUUAUUUUUGGAUCAUUAGUUGUUUAUCUCGUAUCCCAGGAACGUUACAGACGUUUACCUCAACCUGAAGAUAGUGGCUUAAUACCUGGACAAUCACAAUAGUUUUAUCUGCAUUCCAUUUUAAAUAAUAUCUGCAUCUGGUGCUUAUAAUCUCUACUUAUGAUUAACAAAAUAACCAAAAACAAUGAAUUUACUUCAAAUAAUCUACUGAAUUAUAAGUGUUAAUAAUAGUAUUAUUAGUAAUAUUGGUGCUAUUUUUAUCAUAACUUUGAUCGAAUUUCAGAUUUUUUUUAAUUUAAUUAAUUUCUAUUACCGAUGUGAACGGUCAACUUGAAUUGGGGUAUUUUCUAUCACUGUAUUCAUUAUUAACAAAUAAGUCUAGUCUAAACUUCAAAUCUAUAUAAUUCAGAUAGAUUGAAAUAUAUUGCAAGCUCACUGUUCAUACUACUGCUUUUUCUGCUAUUGCAUUUAUCUCAAUUCAUUGUGUCAUUAAAAUCUUUUAAAAAAUUAUUUAUAUUAUUUAUACACAAAUUUGUUAAAAAAUACUGGAUGACAAUGUUUUCGAAAUGCAGUUGUUUUUUUUUAAAAUAAAAUACAAAGCUAAAUACA